AUCUGUUCAUAUCUUCGCUCUGGGCUCAAUUCCCAAUCCCAAUUCUCACUUCUAGAUCCCCAAAUUUACCAGAGCUCUCUACAACUCUCACUCCCCCUCUGAUCCAUCCAACCCACCUCCGUCGCCGUCACCGGAGGUCCUCAUCGUCGUCACGCUCUCCUUCUUCGUCAGAUUCAGAGAUUUCCACCGAUCUGAAUCCGAUUCAGGUUCGAUCAUCAACAGAUCGCUCUGUUCCAUUAGAGCUCCUCCGAUUUCAGAUCUAGAAGUUGCGGAAGUGUUUCGUGACCCCAAAGCUUUGACCUUUUAGCAGAUCGGGGUAGUUGGUUGGUUUUCACUCAGUGAGAUAUGGAGACCCUUCUUGUUGUGGAGCAUAAGAAUCAUCAGUACUACAGCCGGGUCAAGCAACAUGGGCCGGGCCGGGUCGGACCUUCGCCGUCCAAAAGCUUCAGGGGGAUCAAUUGCCGGACUUUCCAAUCCGGCUCAGGUAUUCUACCGACUCCUUCUCAGUUGAAAUCGAGUUCUAGUACUACUACUCCGGUCUCGAAAAAGCCAUGCCCGUCUGUUUACUCACCCAAAACACCUAGUGCCGAUUCGCAGUUUGAUUCUUCCAAGUCUAGAUGUUACUCUGAUAGUAAAGCUAUGUGUAGAAACAAUGGUAGAAUCGCCAAGUCGGUUUCGAUUGGUGGUCGGAACUUGAAGAAAGAGAAGCCCUUUAAUGAGGGGUUUUCGUUUUCGGAGCUCUGGGCUGGUCCUGCUUACUCAAACUCUCCACCGCCGAGCUCGCUGCCGAUGCCCAAGUUUUCAGUCAGGCCAACGAGGACCGUCUCGCUUGAGUUGCCUAGCUCAGUUUCCGGUAUCGAAAUGCACCACCCCAUUGCCAAGUCUGCGCCGCCGUCGCCGACCAGGGAGCAUAGCUCCUCAAAAAGGGAUAUCUUUCACAGCGAUGACUCGGCCACUAGGACCCUGCGUCGCAUCCUCAACCUUGAUGUCGACGAUGAGUGAAGGGCAGGGGAGCAUUAGGCUCCUGUAAAUAGUUGUUGUAUAUAUAGUGAAUAAAGUGGUUGGUAGUGUUAGCUCUUU